AUGGCAAUCACCAAAACUUCUGAUAAUUCAAACAAUGCUGAAAAUAGCAUGAUAAAGAACAAUGAAUUCAAUAUCAGCCAAAAUUCUUUCCCGUUUGUUUCAAACACUCUAUCAAUUAACGAAGGAUUUGAUCCCGAGACAUUAUAUUUUGAAGAUUUUGAUGGUGUUUAUUACGAAGAACCAGAAGAAAACUACGGAAAUGAUUAUUUCUCCUAUGUAUCAGAUUGUAGUUCUGAUGUCUCUUCAACCGCAGAAGAUAGCAUUUAUUCUACAGAUAGCAGCAUUUCAACACAUGAAAGUGACAAUUUUUUAUCAUACUCGCGAAACAUAUCCAUUUCAAAAUGUUCGUUCCCAAAUAAAGAUGACAAGGAAUCAACAGAGAUUAGCAUCAAUACGACCGAAAAAUUCUUCCAUAUGACUCCUAAAGAUUAUAGGAUUUCCUUGAUAAACUUUUACAAACAAAGAAUUUGUGUUAUUAGUAGAGAUUUCUAUAAUACUUCAAACCAUUAG